AUGGUGAUGACAUAUUAUGAAUGUAUAGAGAGGCUUUACAGGAAAGAAUUACUCCCCGAAGUCACAAUAAAAGCAUUAUGUUUCAAAUUAAAAGAAAUUUUGAUCAAAGAAAGUAAUGUUGUUUAUAUAAAUUCACCUGUUACAGUUGUUGGUGAUAUUCAUGGACAAUUUUAUGAUUUAAUUGAAAUUUUUAAAAUUGGAGGAUAUUGCCCUGAUACAAAUUAUUUAUUUUUAGGUGAUUAUGUUGAUAGAGGAAUGUUUAGUGUGGAAACUAUAACGUUACUUAUAUGUUUAAAAAUAAGGUAUCCAACAAGAGUUUUUUUAGUUAGAGGGAAUCAUGAAUCAAGACAAAUAACACAAAAUUAUGGAUUUUAUUCAGAAUGUCUAAGGAAAUAUGAUAAUCCAAAUACUUGGUAUUAUUUUACAGAUUUAUUUGAUUAUCUUAUAUUAUCAGUUGUUAUUGAUGAUUCAAUUUUUUGUACACAUGGAGGACUUUCACCAAAUGUUCAUACAAUUGAUCAAAUUAAAAUAGUGGAUAGAUUUAGAGAAAUUCCACAUGAAGGUGCAAUGGCUGAUUUAGUUUGGUCUGAUCCAGAUGAUGAAAAUCCAAAUUUUUCUUUAUCACCAAGAGGUGCAGGUUAUACAUUUGGUGUUGAUGUUGUUAAAAAAUUUCUUAAAAUGAAUAAAAUGGAUAAAAUCCUUAGAGCUCAUCAGUUAUGUAAUGAUGGUUAUCAAUUAUAUUUUAAAGGUUUAGUAACUACAGUUUGGUCUGCACCUAAUUAUUGUUAUCGUUGUGGUAAUAAGGCAUCUAUUAUGGAAAUUUAUAAUAAAGAAGAUCAUUUUUUCAAUGUUUUUGAAGAAGCUCCAGAAAAUGCUGAACAAUGGGGUAAAAUGGAUCCAAUAACAGGUGAAGAGCAACCACAAAUGGAUAUGAGACCAAAACCAGUUGAAUAUUUCUUAUGA